AUGGCGCUUCGUAUGGAUUAUGAAGGAAGCAAUGACGUUGGAGUGUUUUGUAAUUUGACAAACAGCUACUGUCUUGUAGGAAUUGGAGGAACUCAAAAUUUUUACAGCUCUGUCGAAGCUGAGCUUGCCGAUGUCAUUCCUGUUGUUCACACAUCCGUUUCGUCCACACGCAUAGUGGGACGGGUUACAGUAGGAAAUCGAAACGGCUUACUGGUUCCUAGCGGAACUACUGAUCAGGAGUUGCAACACUUGAGGAACUCUUUGCCAGAUGAGGUGAAAAUACGACGAGUGGACGAACGUCUCUCAGCUCUAGGAAAUGUGAUAGCAUGUAAUGAUCAUGUUGCUAUUGCCCACCCUGAAAUAAGUGAGGAAACCGAGAGUGCUCUUGUGGAUACACUUAACGUCGAGGUAUUCCGUGUCAGCCUUGGACAAAAUGUGUUAGUAGGAUCAUAUUGCGCUCUUUCAUCACAAGGAUGUCUCGUGGCUGCUAGCACACCUCCAGAGACUCAGCGAGAAUUGGCAGCGUUGUUACAAGUUCCCGUUGUUGCGGGUACUGUAAAUCGCGGAUCGGAACUGAUAGGUGCCGGGAUGUGUGUGAAUGAUUGGGUAGCUUUUUGUGGGUUGGUUACUACCUCUACUGAACUCUCGGUAGUGGAGUCGAUUUUCAAGCUAGGCGAUCAAGGGCAACCGGCUGCAAUUAGCACACAAUUAAGAGAUACUCUUAUAGAAAGUUUGCUAUAA